UGAACUCAUUAAAACCGAGGAUGGAGGACAGAUCUCACUGGACUGGUUUGAUAACGACACCAGUGCGUGUUACGCGGACGCCAGCACCAGGCCCACUGUCUUGCUCCUGCCUGGCCUCACUGGGACGAGCAAGGAGUCCUACAUCCUUCACAUGAUCCACCUCAGUGAGCAGCUAGGAUACAGGUGUGUGGUUUUUAAUAACAGAGGAGUGGCAGGAGAGAAUCUCUUGACACCACGGACUUACUGCUGUGCAAACACCGAAGACUUGGAGGCCGUUAUCCACCAUGUCCACAGCCUCUACCCUUUGGCCCCUUUUCUGGCAGCAGGAGUGUCAAUGGGAGGAAUGCUGCUUCUAAAUUACCUGGGAAAAAUCGGCUCCAAAACGCCUUUGAUGGCAGCGGCAACAUUCUCAGUUGGCUGGAACACUUUCGCUUGCUCGGAGUCGCUGGAGAAGCCCCUGAACUGGCUGCUUUUUAAUUACUACCUGACAACGUGCCUCCAAUCUUCCGUGAAGAAGCACCGGCAUAUGUUUGUCAAAGAAAUUGACAUGGACCAGGUUAUGAAGGCUAAGUCCAUCCGAGAGUUUGAUAAGCGGUUCACCUCGGUCAUGUUUGGAUACCGAACAAUCGACGACUAUUACGCCGAUGCCAGCCCCAGCCGCAGACUGAAGUCAGUGGGGAUCCCAGUGCUGUGCCUGAACGCCGUGGAUGAUGUGUUCUCGCCCAGCCAUGCUAUCCCAAUAGAAACUGCCAAGCAAAACCCUAAUGUGGCUUUGGUCCUCACUUCUUAUGGAGGUCACAUUGGUUUUCUGGAGGGAAUCUGGCCUAGGCAAUGCACUUAUAUGGACCGAGUCUUCAAGCAAUUUGUGCAGGCCAUGGUUGAACAUGGCCACGAACUCUCCAGCAUGUAAUUCCCUGGGUGCAUUGAGUCUGAGCCACCACUGUUAUGGCAGCUUCGUGCACAGACUUUAGCCACUGUGUGUAAAGCUGGGAAGCCAGCAGGCGGGUGAAGAGGUCCAGAAUGACAUACAAAAACUUCUUAGGGAAGCAAAACAACUUUGUAGCGAGAAACUAAAGAUAGUUUAGAUCAUUAUUGUUGUAGAUCUUAUUUUUACUAUGCCUUACCAAGUAUGACCUUACAAUUAAGUAGUCCUAUGGAACAGAUUUGCACUUAACCAAAACUAUUGUGUAAAAAAAAAAUUUAAUUCCUCAGGGUUUUAAUUUAGGCUAGUAUUUUUAGAUUACUCAGUUCAGGUGAUUUAAUAGUACUUUAAUAACUGAUAAGAGAUUUUGAUGAUUUGAAUGUAAGUUCUAAGAGGGGCUUUCAUGAUAACAAGAAACUGAAAAAGAAUCAAUUACAAUGUGCUAAGUGUUCUGACUUUAAAUGGCAAAUGCAACAAUGUUAAACUGACUUCGAUACUUGCUCUUUACUCUAACAAAAUUAAAUUAGGGCUGAUUUAUGUUUUAUAAUUAUUGUCAUUUACAUGCUUAUUUUUAAAAUAGCUUAUGUGCAUAUGUAUAUCAUAUUAAAUUAAAUUCUAUCAUUUUA